AUGACUAACGUGUUUCCCAGCGACGCCCGCCCCGCCGACCCCCCCGUUCCCGGCAAAGAAUACUACCCCCAUCAGCCCAAGUCCCUUGCCGGCAUCGCUCUCCGUGCUUUCUGCCUCGGCGCAGCUCACCUGACCGGCCUCCUCCUGACCUUUGCUCUCCUGUCCUCGACCUCCUCCCCGCUCUGGCGUCUCUCCUUCUUCCUUGCCGCCCUCUCCCUCUUCCAUUUCCUCGAGUUCUGGACGACGGCAGCCUACAACACACCCCAGGCCACUGUCCAUGCCUUCCUCCUCACUGCCAACUGGCCCGCCUACGCCAUAGCCCACGCUACCGCCUUCGCCGAGUGCCUCCUCACGAACGUCGUCUUCCCGGGCGCCGUCUGGGCCCCCUUCGGCCUACGGUCUAUUCUACUCGCUGCCGGACUAGCGUUGGUGGUUGUGGGCCAGGCGGUCCGCUCGUUAGCCAUGGUCACAGCGGGGCAGAGCUUCAACCACACGAUCCAGCACUACCGCGCCGAGUCGCACACCCUAGUGACGAGCGGCGUCUACGGCUGGUUCCGGCACCCGUCCUACUUUGGCUUCUUCUGGUGGGCCAUCGGCACCCAGCUGGUCAUGGGGAACCUGUUCUCCCUCGUCGCCUACGCAGGUGUGCUGUGGUACUUCUUCUCCAAGAGGAUACGUCACGAGGAAGACCUGCUGGUGAGGUUCUUUGGCCAGGACUACGUCGACUACCGCAAGCGUGUCGGUAUCAUGAUUCCCUUCUGCGGUUAG